AUGCCUAUUACUCAUUCUCAUAAUCUAUGUUUUGGUUGUGUUUACGAUAAAAAAGCCCUUUAUACAAAUUCAAAAUGUUGGGCAUGUAUUUUUGAAAGAUUUAUUAGUCGUCAAGAUCCAUCAGCUCUCAAUUAUUGUGGUGCAAUUAUUUUACCUAAAUUGAAUAAUACUUCAUCAGGUAUUAUUCAUAUUUCAACUGAAGAACCAUGGGAUCAUACAAUUGGUUUGAUGAUAUUAGCAAAAAGAGGAUAUCCAUUAAAAAAACUAGCUGCUAAUCUUUUUUCAGAAUAUUAUCUUUUUCCUCGUGGUUAUAUUAUUGUUAGUGUAGAAAAUAAACAAUUAAUUAUUUCCAAUACACAUGUGGCUACAGUUGAAACACCUUUUCCUCAUGUACCUAAAGGAACAUUUUUUAAUAAUAAAUAUGGUAGUUGGAAUGAAGAAAAUAAAGGUCAAACUAUAGAACUUGAAUCUAUUGUUUGGAAUUUAUUCCGUAAUAAUAGACGAAAAUAUAAAAAUGUUAUUAUGGCAGGUGAUUUCAAUAUGGGUAUUGCUAAUUUUGAACAUAAUGUAUUAGCAAUACAAGCUGAUAGUUGGAAUUAUAUACAUCAAUUAAUUGAUACUGAUGGAUCAAGAAGAUGGUAUGAUGAUUAUACAGAAAUGCAUAGUCUUUGUACACGAUGUACAGAUAAUCUUGUUGUUCAUUUUCCUGUUAACUAUAUAUAUGAUCAUAUUUUUACACAUGGAAAUAUGUUUCAUUCUUGUGAUUUAUUUACACGACGUAUAUUUGAUAAUCGAGUAACAAUUAGUACUCGAAAUGGAACGAUUAUAACAAGUCUUUCUGAUCAUUAUGGUGUUGAACUGAUUGUUGCUUGUUAA